GUGAUAAAAUUGAUGAAAUUGAUGUAGAUAGUUUAGAAGCAGAUGAAAUAGAUAAAAUGGAUGAAACAGAUGAAGUGGAUGAAGCAGAUGAAAUGAAUGAAGCGAAUGAAGUAGAUGAAGCAGAUGAAGUAGAUAAA